GCCGUCUCUUUCCCUUCCUUGUCAAAAAGAUUGAAGUAUCUACGAAUACCAUCUAUCGUGUUCUUUCUUGGGAAACACUUUGGCACAGGGGUCAUUCUCUCUACAGCCUUCGUACAUCUUCUACCAGAUGCAUUCAAGUCUCUGAACUCC